GGGUUAUAUUCGAGAUUUGACAACACAAUAUUCUCUCUCUAAAUCUGCAUCAGAUCAAGAAACAAAAUCAACCCACGUUCACCCCAAUCUGCGGUCUCCUUUUUCGCCUUUCUGCUAUGGUAAUUUCAACCUACAAACUAGGGCUUUCUCUUUGAAUUUCAGAGAGACCUCUUAUGAGUUCUCGAUCCUCCGUCAAUCUGUCUUAUUUGAAGAAUCAAGGUAAAUGAUAAUGUAUUCUAUUAUUAUGCAUUCUCCGAAGCAAGGUAAAAGAUAAUGUAUUCUAUUAUUAUGCAUUCUCCGAAGCAAGUUAAGAACGCCCCAAAUUAUUUUAGCCGAUUUUAAAUUCUUCUACCAUCAAAUAUGUGUUUAGCCUUCAUUUGAUUUCAUAAUCUGUGCAUAAUCUUCUGAAAGUCCAAACAUUAAUUCAAGAUUUGCCUCACAAAGUCAUUCUUCUCUCUUGAUCUGAUUCGGGUCUUGUAUUCUUUGAUCUCAAAAGUGUCCCAAAAUCCGUUUCUCAAUUUUUUUUGGCUGCAGAAGGCGUAAUUAAGCUCUUUCUCAAUUUUCAAUCAACCUGGGACUGACGACAACAAAUAUUGGACGAGAGUUGAUUUUUGACACAACAGCCCUCUCCAAUUUUAUUGAGGUGAAAUCUUUUUUUUAUUUUGCUUAAACGAUUUACAUCAAUUUAUUUGUGUUAAUUUUUGCUUUAUUUGAUUUUGAUUCUUGAUUCAACUCUGUUACUGUUCCAAAAAUUUUUAUUUUGCUACUGCAUUGACAUUUUGGUGAAUAUACGGAGCAUCGGGUAGUUCUUCACCCUUUUUAUUACUCUGUAUGUUGUUUCAUUGUUUUCUGGUGGGAUCUACUUUAUUCAUGCGAUGCCAUUUUAAUAGUCCUAUAAUGCACUUCUUAUCAUUUUAGUAGUCUAAUUUUCCACCUUGAUAUUGAUCGUUGGUAUGUGUUACGAAUAUGGAUUGGUUUUUAUUUAGUGUUUCAUUGACGCACAUUUCUUAAAUGUUCUUGCUUAGUAGCGGUGUGUGUUUAGAAUUGAUGAUUUCAUUUUUUGAUGUAUUUUAUAUGGAGUAGUUAGUUUUAUUGCUGACUUUUUUCUAAUUCACUUCUUCAAUUUAAGCACACCAAAUGAGUUUUGUGUUUUAACCUUUUGCCCAUAGCCAUCUGAAAAGGUGAUUUUAUUUCUACCCCUUGUAUUAAACUUGAUGAUAAAUCUGUAUAGUGUGUUUUUAAAUUUAAAUUUUCUUUCUUAUAGGCAUAGCAUCGUGUAUUAUGCAAAAUGCACUAUCCACAUUUUUUGAUGCAUUUACAUUGAGCACCGAUCUGCACCCGCACACAUGAUUUUCAUUUUUUUCUCGCAAGAAAAUUGUGAUUUUUACACCAUUUAUAGUUACUCUUAAUCUAUACUCAAAUUUUUUACCUAGAUUUUAGUUGGCGUAUGUAUUAUUUAUAUGGAUCGAUUUUCAUUUACUGGUUCAUGGAUGCACAUUCCCCACAUAUUCUCUAGGUUUCAAUUCUAGAUCUUCGGUUACUCAGGUGGGCGUUUGAAGUUAAUGAUUUCAUGUUUUAUGAUAUAUUAAUAUUUAUUUUAAUAGCUGGUUUUAUCAUUUUGUUAUUUUAUCUAAAUGCAUGGUAAUGGAUUUUGGGUUUAAUCUUUUACUCGAAACAACCCAAUAAGAAAACAAUUUAAUCUCUACCUCUUUUGUAUUAACCUUGAUGUUUCAUAUGCAUGGUGUGGUUUCAGGUUCUUUUUUUUGGCAUAACAUUUUCUAUUACAGGCAUAAUAUGACUCUUACACAAUUCACCGGAGUUGGCAGACUUGAAAAGUGCAUAACUUUUAUGUUAGCGUUGAAUUAUAAAGGCGAUGUUGAGUCAUACGUAUGGUGAAUUUGCAAAUUCCAAGAUGCUACAAAUUGUUUUCUUAUAUGCACUAUAUCUAGCCAAGAUCCAAGCAUAUGCAAGUGACACAUUUUGUCAAGAGUAAUUGAGAAGGUGUAUCCCAUGGUCAACAAAAGUUCAGCGUUCAUACCUAGACCUUGAUGUAUGAAAUUAUUAUCAAAAGUUUGAUAACUUUGAAGAACAAUGGUUGGGCUUAAUAACGGAAUAUGAAUUUGAUCUGUGUGCUUGGUUCUGUGGCUUAUUAUUUUCAUAUUGUGUUUACUGUGUUGGAGGAAAUUAUAUUAAUUAGAGUAUAUUUUCAAUGAUCAUACGGAUAUGCUAGCUGGUUUUCCAUAUUUCCCUGGCUUAUACCCACCACACGCCCAGAAGAUCCACGACAGAAUCAAAAGUUCAAUCUUGAAGAAAAAGAAAGAAAGAAAGAAAUGGAUUCUAAUUCGCCUGAGCUCCGAUUGGAUUCCAACCACCCUCUCGUUCUCCGGACGGUGACUGAGUUUCUGGGUGAAAUUUCAAUGAUCGGCGACGUUUCGGAGAGGCUGGCGAGGAUCGAGCAUCGCCUGAGGAUGCUCGAAGACGAGAUGCGGAAGAUCGACGGCUUCAAGCGCGAACUCCCUCUGUGCAUGUUUCUCCUCGCCGAUGCGAUUACAGUGUUGAAGGAGGAGUCGAAGAGGUGUAGGAAGUCACUGGGUGAACCAGUCUUGGAAGAAUUUCUUCCAGUGAAGAAGACUCCAGUUGAUGAUGAUGGUGAUGAUAUUAACAAGGUUGAGAAUGUCAAGGAGAAAGACUGUAAAGAAAAGGUAAAAUGGACGAGCUCUUUUAAGCUCUGGGAUGGUGGCGAUAAGGGUUGCAGCAUUUCAGACUCUGGCAUCGCCAAACACGGCCUAACAACAGAUCUCAGAACAAUGGGGAACUAUAGGUUUCCCAUGGAAGAAUCACCAUCCCUUUCUCUUAGUACACCGGGAAUCAAGAACGAAGAAGAAGACGCCGCAGUAAUGGAUCGUUUCAGUUCAAAAAUAAAGAAACUAGUACCUUACAGCGGUGGUGCUUCAAGUGGCAGUACCCAGCUGCUGCUUCAGUCAUCUAGUAGGAAGCAAAGAAGGUGCUGGUCGCCGGAGCUGCAUAGGACAUUUGUCGAUGCCUUGCAACAGCUUGGUGGUCCGCAAGUUGCCACUCCUAAGCAGAUUAGAGACCUGAUGCAAGUGGAAGGUCUGACCAAUGAUGAAGUAAAGAGUCAUUUGCAAAAAUAUAGACUCCAUGUUCAAAGACUACCAGCCGGACAUUCAUCAUCCCCGGGGAAUAAAUCCAUUGUCAUUUUGGGCCAUACUACAACUACUACUAAUCCCACUAGUACUGAUAAUAAUGAUAAUAAUAAUAAUAAUACGUGUAUGGCCAUUGACCAGAAGUGUGAAUCUUCAAAGCAGAGCAGUUCACAGUCUGGUUCUCCUCAGGGGAUCCUUCAGUUAGCGGCGAGCUCUCAAAGAACAUUUACCAGCGGAAGCGAGAGCAUUGAAGAUGACAACAAAUCAGAGUGAGAGAUAGCCAUAGAGAAAUAUAUUUCAUCUUUGAACUGAUUAAGGCAUAUAGAUGAAUAUGUAUAGAGAUACGUCCGCCAUGAAUUUUGCAGAUGACGAUCAUGUGUCCAUUGAGGGGGAGGAUUGCUCACAAUAUAUACAUAUGAAUUACUCCUAAAAAUGUUAUUAAUUAUACAUAUUAAUGAGGAUGAUGAGAGGGUGCUUAGAAAUAUUGGAAGCUUAGAUUUGGGUGUGAGUGUGUUGUUUUGUUGUUUUUGAUUGAUUUAAGGUGUACUUGAAAGUUGUAAUAUGAGUUAGUACAUA